AAUGACGUCGCCCGAAAGUGAAAGUAAAGUUAAAAGCGGAUGUGUUUUGAAGAAGGUACGGCCUGGAGGACGAAAGCAAGGAUAGUAUGAUACUUUUUUAAAACCCUAUUAAUAUCUAAGAGCUAUGGAAGUGAUAAAGAAGAGAAAGAGAUCUUCAUCUCCAGAACUCAGUACCGAUUCCAUUUACCAAACCCCUGAAUUAAGCGAUGGAUCGAUGACCUCCAGCCCCAGAAAGCAGAUUAAAGCCCCAUCUCCAGAACCCAGCUGUGUAUCUUUGAAGAGUACAGACUCCAUGUAUCAACCUCCUCAAUUCAGUGAUGGAUCAAUGACCUCUGACCCCAUAAAGCAGAUUAAAGCACCAUCUCCAGGACCCAGCUGUGUAUCUUUGAAGAGUACGGACUCCAUGUACCAACCUCCUCAAUUCAGUAAUGGAUCAAUGACCUCUGACCCCAGAAAGCAGAUUAAAGCACCAUCUCCAGGACCCAGCUGUGUAUCUUUGAAGAGUACAGACUCCAUGUAUCAACCUCCUCAAUUCAGUGGAGGAGCAGUGACCUUUGACCCCAGUGGUAAGGGAAGUAAUCAGAUCCAGGUUUACUCAAGGUUUACUGGUUCUGCUCAGCGUGAUAUGGACCUAACCCAGCUGGAGAAGACUGGAGACCUGCACCAACUAGAUUCCCACCAACCAGAUGUUCUUGCGAGUAUCAAAGACAAACACAAAACCAGCAUGAGGAACAAGUAUGAGAGUUUAUUUGAGGGAAUCAAACAACAAGAGAACAAAACCCUCUUGAACAGAAUUUACACACAACUUUACAUCAUAGAGGGAGAGAGUGAAGGAGUGAAUGAGGAACAUGAAGUUUUACACAUGGAGAAAAGUUACAAAACACGUCAAAACACUCCAAUCAACUGUAAUGACAUCUUUAAACUCUUACCUAAACCAGGAUGUGAGGACGAGCAAAAUAAAAAGAUAAAGACUGUUCUUACUAAAGGCAUCGCUGGAAUUGGCAAAACGGUCUCUGUGCAGAAGUUUAUUCUGGAUUGGGCAGAGGGGUUGGCCAAUCAGGAUGUAGAUUUCAUGUUUGUGCUUCCAUUUCGAGAGAUGAACUUAAUAAAAGAUGAUCAGUACAGUCUUCACAAACUUCUGCUUGUCUUUCAUCCUAAACUUCAGGAUCUGGACUCAAAGAUGUAUGAUGAGUGUAAAGUUGUUAUUAUCUUAGAUGGUCUGGAUGAAAGCAGAAUUACACUGAAGUUUGAAGACAGUGAAAAUGUUUCUGAAGUAACACAGAUGUCAUCAGUUGGUGUGUUGAUGUCAAAUCUGAUCAAAAGAGAUCUGCUUCCCUCUGCUCACAUCUGGAUCACCUCCAGACCAGCAGCAGCCAAUCAGAUCCCUUCUGAAUACAUCAACCGUGUGACAGAAAUCCAGGGAUUCAAUGAUCCUCAGAAAGAGGAAUAUUUCAGAAAAAGAAUCAGUGAUGAACUUCAAGCCAACAAAAUUAUCUCACACAUUAAAGGAGCAAGAAGCCUUCACAUCAUGUGUCACAUACCAGUCUUCUGCUGGAUCUCAUCUACUGUGCUUCAAAACAUCCUGAAACAAGAUCACAGUGCAGAAAUCCCUAAAACUCUCACUGAAAUGUACAUACACUUCCUGCUCAUUCAGAUAAAUAUGAGUAAUCAGAAGUAUGAAAUGAAAGAAGUGAGAGAUUCAGCAAAACUUCUGCAGUUCAAUAGAGAGGUAUUUGUAAAACUGGCCGAACUAGCUUAUAAACAGCUGAUGAAGGGCAAUGUGAUGUUUUAUGAGGAGGAGCUGAGUGAAUGUGGGAUAGACAUCACUGACGCCGCAGUGUUUUCUGGGAUCUGUACUGAAAUUAUUAAGGAGGAAUCUGUGAUUUAUCAGAGGAAAAUCUACUGCUUCAUACAUCUGAGCUUUCAAGAGUUUCUCGCUGCAUUCUAUGUUUUUUACUGCUUUAUAAAUAAAACUUCUGGGGCUCUGAAAGAGUUUGAUUUACUUGCUAAUCUCCAUAAGGGGGUGAUUGACUCCGCCCUUCAAAGUGAGAAUGGACAUCUGGAUCUUUUCCUCAGAUUUCUGUUGGGUAUCUCGCUGGAGUCCAAUCAGAGACUCUUACAAGAUCUACUGAUGCACACAGAGAGCAGUUCAGAGAGCAUCCAGAAAAUUACUGCUCACAUCAAAGACAAAAUCAAAAACGAGCAUGAUAUUUCAGCCAGCAGGUCCAUCAAUCUGUUCCUCUGUCUGCUGGAAAUGAACGAUCAGACUUUAUCCAGGGAAAUUCAAGAAUAUCUGGAAUCAAUGAAAUACACAGAAAAUAAACUCUCUGCAUCACACUGCUCAACAAUAGCGUACAUGCUUCGGGUGUCGGAGAACGUGCUGGAGGAGCUGGAUCUUAUAAAAUACAACACAUCACAGGAGGGUAGACGGAGGCUGUUACCAGCUGUGAUGAACUGCCGAAAAGCUCUUCUUGCUGGCUGUGAUCUCACUGAUCAGUGUUGUGAAAUUGUGGCUUCAGCUCUACAGUCUUCAGAUUCCCUCCUGAAAGAGCUGGACCUGAGUAACAAUGACCUGCAGGAUUCAGGAGUGAAGAUCCUCUGUGAAGGACUCAAGAGUCCAAACUGUAGAUUGGAGAUACUGAGAUUAUCUGGCUGUAUGGUGACAGAUGAAGGAUGUCGUUAUUUGGCUUCAGCUUUGAGUUUAAAUCCCUCACACCUGAGAGAGCUGGAUCUGAGCUACAACAACCCAGGAGCCUCAGGAGUAAAGAUGCUCUCUGAAAGACUCAAUGAUCCACACUGCACACUAGACAAACUCAAUUUAGAUCAUGCAGGACAUUGCAGGAUCACACCAGGACUACGAAAAUAUUAUUUUCAUCUUACACUGGAUCCAGACACAGCAAACACUCGUCUUGUUCUUUCUAAGCGGGGGAGAACGGUAAAAGGUGUAGAAGAGGUUCAGUCGUAUCCUAAACAUGAAAACAGAUUUGAGGACCAUGAGCAGGUUUUGUGUAAAGAGCGUCUGUCUGGACGCUGUUACUGGGAGGUUAAAUGGACUGUAGGGGCUUACAUAGCAGUCACAUAUAGAGGAAUUAGAAAGAAAGGAGGAAGUGACUGUAGAUUUGGAUGGAAUGAUAAGUCCUGGAGUGUUUUCUGUGCUUUUGACAGAUUUACUGCUUGGCACGAUAAUAAAAACCCAGACAUACAUACUGUCCAGUCAAAUUGUGACAGAGUCGGGGUGUAUCUGGAUGAGCCGGCCGGCAUUCUGUCCUUUUACGCCAUCUCUGACACAAACACACGCACAGACAUACACACAUUUCACACCACAUUCACUGAAGACCUCUACGCUGGGUUUGCCGUUUAUGGUUCAGUGUCUCUGUUAGAUUACAGGCCUGCAUUAUUAACAGAAGAGAGAGAAUGAUAUGUUGUAUAAAGCAGCUGUUGUGAAAACACUAGAUUUGAAUAAUGUGUGUAUAUAAUAAUGUAUAUUAUGUAAUAAUGUAUGUGAAUAAUGUAAACUUGUGAAUUAAUCCACUAGGGGUGUGACAUUUCACUAGUUUUCUUGAUCCAUCGAUUACAAAUCCUGCCGAUUCAAAAAGAACAUUUAGAUUGUUCCAUGAGUUGAUUCAUUUUGUUAAUAGUUUGCAAAUGCGUCAGACCGGAAACGCAAGCUCAUGCGAAAAUGUUUGUUCAUGUGACCAGGAGAAAACACACAAAAAAAACACAAUGAAACACUUAUUUGCAAUCACACUUGACACAUUUGAGUCACAAGUUGUAAACGUGUUGAAUACACACACACACACACACUUAUUAAUUUAUUUUAUGGUCCAGUUUUCAUUUCAUUGCACUGAUUAACAUGGACAUAUAAUUACUCUUUUUUUGUUUGUUUGUUUGUUUGUUUGUUUGUUUGUUUGUUUGUUUUUCAUUCAGUUGUCAUUUUAUUCAAACAUUAUUUUGAAAAAUGUUGGAGCCUGUUAAUGUUAAAUGAAUAUUCCAGUUUCAUAAAAAAAUCUGAUAAUUCAAUCACCCCCAUGUUAUCCA